AUGGAGAGUCUAUGGCGCGCCAUCUCCUUUGUGCAAGAAAGCUUUCAGUGCAGCUACAAAUCCCAGGCCCCUGACAACAGCAUUCCUCAGCUCGGCGCGGAACCUGUCUGCACGUCAGGCUCAGAAUUGUGCCCGUUUGAUGCCGGGCCCAUGGCCGCGCUUGACCAUAGCGGCAAGCCGCGAGAGUUCCAGGAGCUUCCAUUUGCCAAAGGCGAAGUAACGCCAGCUGCUGCUCUCAACGACUUGUUUCCCGAGCUGAUGUGUCAAUUAUCCUCGUUCCUUUCUGUGCAAGCCUACUCAAAAUUGCGAGGGGCAUGUCGCCAAGCUUCCCCAGAGGCAUUUGAUAAGCUCCUGCACUUGGAACUCGAAAGGCGCCAGAUGAUAGCGAAGGUCAAAGCAGCUCGUAGCGCUGAGCAGUGGGCAGAUUUGGCGGAUGCCAGCCAAGACAAAACUUGGUUCGUCAAGAAGAAGCAGAAAGCCUCUUGCAAUAUCCUUGGCCUAGAGUACAAGUAUUACAUAACUGGCUCAAAGUGGGAUGGCUGGGCAGGCUACCUGUUUUGCAGCCCGCUUUGUUGGACCGAGACGCCGCCAGCUUUAGGAGAGGAUCUUACUUUCAUUUGA